AUGAGGGAAACUGGGUAUAUAAUCCCCUUCCUCAAGCGAAGUCAACAGAAAGCCAACCCCAAGGGACUCAAUUCAAUCUACCUCCAGAGUGACCACCGCCCCAUUCCAAAAGCCAUGUCCUUCCCAACCGUCCAGGCCACCCUCCCCGCCCUCCCCCUCCGCGAGGCGAUCGUGGACCCCGUCUACCGCGCCGUCCUCUCCUUCGACGAGAAUGACCUCCCCCUCUUCGAGUCCGCCUUUUUCGAGGACGCCGCCUUCGACUUCAACGGCAGCGUGAUGCAGGGCCGCGAUGCCAUCAAGUCCGGCAGCUGGGACAACGUCUCCAAGCUGGACACCACCCACUUCCUGAGCAACGUGCGCAUCAACCUCCCCUCCGAGGACAGCACGACCGCGACUGUGACCGCGUCGGCGAUGGCCCAGCACUUCCGCACGGGCCAGGGGAACCAGCCGGACACCACCCGGCUGACGAGCGGGGCGCUGUACUCGAUCGAUGUGGCCAAAGACGCCGCGGAUGCGAACGGGUUGUGGAAGAUCAAGGUGUGGAAGAUGAAACUGGUGUGGACGGAGGGGGAUUGGGGCGUGAUGACGGGCAACUAG